CGCGCUGCCAGGGGCACCUGAGGGCGAAGGGGCUCGGCCAUGGCGGCCUCCAUGAUCUGCGGCCGGGCGUCGGCCGGGCUCAGGGGCAGUGGUCUCCGCGCCGCGCUGGGCUCCGCCGCGGGGAAGGCACUUGCUGGAGGUCCAGGAAUACUCAACAAUCAUGGAUUUCAGGUGCAACAACAGCAACAGAGGAAGCUAUCGCUCCAUGAAUACCUGAGCAUGGGACUGUUGAAGGAGGCUGGUAUUUCUGUUCCACAUGGAAUAGUUGCCAAGACACCAGAUGAAGCUUACAAAAUAGCAAAAGAAAUAGGUACAAAGGAUCUUGUGGUAAAAGCACAGGUUUUAGCUGGUGGUAGAGGAAAAGGAACAUUUGAAGGUGGCCUUAAAGGAGGAGUGAAAAUAGUUUUUUCUCCAGAAGAAGCGAAAGAUAUCUCCUCCCAAAUGAUUGGAAAGAAGUUGUUUACCAAGCAGACAGGAGAAAAGGGCAGGAUAUGCAAUCAAGUAUUUAUCUGUGAGCGCAGAUAUCCCAGGAGAGAAUACUAUUUUGCAAUAACAAUGGAAAGGUCUUUUCAAGGUCCUGUGCUGAUAGGCAGUUCUCAGGGUGGUGUUAAUAUUGAAGAUGUUGCUGCAGAGAAUCCUGACGCGAUAAUUAAGGAACCCAUUGAUAUAGUAGAAGGCAUAAAAAAGGAGCAAGCUGUUAGGCUUGCCCAGAAAAUGGGAUUUCCUCCUAAUCUCGUGGAUGAAGCAGCUGAAAAUAUGAUCAAAUUAUAUAAUCUCUUUCUGAAAUAUGAUGCUACCAUGAUAGAAAUAAAUCCUAUGGUGGAGGAUGCAUCAGGAGUUGUGAUGUGCAUGGAUGCAAAGAUAAACUUUGACAGUAAUUCAGCCUUUCGUCAGAAGAAGAUCUUUGAUAUGCAGGAUUGGACACAGGAAGACCAAAGAGACAAGGAUGCUGCAAAAGCAGAUCUCAACUAUAUAGGAUUGGAUGGAAACAUAGGCUGCUUAGUCAAUGGUGCUGGUUUAGCUAUGGCCACAAUGGAUAUAAUUAAACUUCACGGCGGAACUCCAGCAAACUUCCUUGAUGUUGGUGGUGGUGCUACAGUGCAGCAAGUGACAGAAGCCUUUAAGCUUAUUACCUCUGAUAAAAAGGUACUGGCUAUUCUGGUAAAUAUUUUUGGUGGCAUUAUGCGAUGUGAUGUUAUAGCACAAGGCAUUGUUAUGGCAGUAAAGGAUUUGGAGCUAAAAAUCCCUAUUGUGGUACGGUUGCAAGGUACACGAGUUGAUGAUGCCAAAGCUUUAAUAACAGCUAGUGGCCUCAAAAUCCUUGCAUGUGAUGACUUGGAUGAAGCGGCAAAAAUGGUGGUGAAGCUGUCUGAAAUAGUAAGCUUAGCAAAGCAAGCUCAGGUGGAUGUUAAAUUUCAGUUGCCAAUUUGAUCUGAGAAAUGUCAUGCCAGUGUCUAACAUGUUCUCUGAAAUACUGUGUUCUGUGGGAUAUUUUUAAUUUUUCUUUUUAUGGAGGUAUUGAUUGACAGGCGCACAAACUUAAGUAUCUGGUCAUUAAUGUUAACAUUCAGAAUGGUCAGAAUUCUUGUAAAAGCAUGUAUUGCUGAUACUUAGUCUCUCUUUGUUGUUAUUCUCAAGCCUCCAGCUUUUGCUGCAGAAUGUCACUUGCAAUAUACUUCUGCGUUGUCCAAAGUAAAGCUUCUGGUUGGAAAAUAAUAAUUCUGAAUAAAUUUUUGAAGUUACUUUACUUGUAAAUUUGUAUUAGCCUUGGUUAAAAGUAAAUAUGACUGGAUUAUCUAGUUGUCCAUGUGGAGAAAUGUAUUGAAACGGUAUUUUAUGUUGGAGACAGUUGUACUUAGCAGUACGAUGGACAUGAGCAAAUCAAUCAUUAUUUAUGAACAGAUGCAUUUGAACUUGAUCAGAACUAUUUUUAGAAGUCCUUCACUGAAGUAACUGGUAACUCUUCUGGACAACGUGUUAAAUCACUACAAAAUAUACUGUAGCACUUAGAUUUUCACAGUUUCUGGUCUUCGCAAAAAAGCAUUGUGUAGUUUUAUAUAUGAACAAGCAUUUACCAAACUUCAAGGAGACAGGAUACGUAGAUAAUUAAAAUGUCUCUUGUACAUUGCUAAUAAAAUUGUACAUUAAUAAAAUAUCUCCCAAAACUUU